UAGGAAGACAUCAGUUGAGCAAGAGAAGGGUGUUUUACCACAAUGAUCGGAAGACUGGCUGCUUUGUUUCUUCUCAGUACAGUGUACCUGAUUCAAGCUGAAGAGGUUUCUCACCAGAUCUCUAUGACUGUAGUUGAAGUUGGUGGAAAUAUUACUUUGCACUGUCCAGUUUCUGAGAGGGAAGGAUACUUCUUUUACUGGUAUAAGCAGCCUCUUGGAUUUAUGAUCCAAACAGUUGCUAAGGGAUCAUUUACUCAACCAAAACUUGAUACACAAUUUAACAACUCACGUUUCAAAGUCACAGCGGGGAAGAAUCAGUAUAAUCUUACCAUCACAAAUGUCAGCAAAGAGGACGAAGCAACAUACUUCUGUCACAAGGGAACAGCAUAUUCACACAGUUUUGUUAAUGGCAUCUUCUUGGCUGUGAACGAUCGUAAGCAUCAGAAAUCUUUCUACGUGAAACAAAGUCCGAAGUCGGUCCAGCCGGGCGACUCAGUGACUCUCCAGUGUUCACUUCACUCCAAGAACAAAGAAGUCCAGUGUCCAGGUAAACAGAAUGUGUACUGGUUCAGAUCUGGAUCAGGACAAUCUCAUCCCGGCAUCAUUUACACUCACAGUGAUGAACAAGAGGAAAGAAGUUGUGUCUACAGUCUGUCCAAAACUAUACAGAACUCCUCUGAUAAUGGGACUUACUACUGCGCUGUGGUCACAUGUGGAGAGGUCCUGUUGGGUGAAGGAACCAAAGUGGAAACAAGACCUAAACUAGACCCAGUACUCAUUGUGCUUGGAGCCCUGUUGGCCUGCUGUGUGACGGUGAUUGUUGUCCUUAUUUUCUGCGUAAGUCGAAGGAGAGUUUGUGAACACUGCAAAGCAGGAGCAAGGAGUGCCGCCCGUAAUCCUGGACAUGACAAGUCAACAGUGGAUCAACAAGCUGACCUGGGUGGUGACGGAGAAGCAUUGAACUAUGCAGCACUGAAUUUCUCCGCAAGAAAAGUGACAAGAGUGACGAAAAAGAGAGAGUCACCAGAGUGUGUGUACUCUCCUGUGAGAGCAGACUACCACACACAGCACCAGCCCAGGUAGAGCAGCGCCUGCAAGCAAACCAAACACCAAGUCUUCUCAUAGAGCUUCGGCUUAGCUCAGCUUUGAAUGUUUUUAACAAAUGCCAUGCUGUUAAUUCAUUUUCUUAAUAAUUUGGUAUUAAAUAAGCGCUUCCUAUAGGUCAAGUUCAUCUUGUGACAAAUGACAGAAUGCAAAACGUGACUGGUUGUACAGGCAAAAGUGGGUGACUGAGAAAAGCUUAAGUUGAAAAUAAUAAAUUAUUUGCACAUCAGUACAUGAGGACAGAAUAUGUGAGUUUGCCAUAUCCAUUGAACAAUGAUGUUACAUCCAAGCUGUACUACUAAUUGCUGAGUUUGCUACUAAUAAAGUGACUUA